AGCACAGCAACACCAGAGCAACUAACAUCAGAGUCCUGCCACAACAAAGGUGCCUAUCAGAGGAUACAGAGAAGAGAUAACAGUCCCCUCAGCUGGAAGAAAUAACAAAGAACUUCACCAGGAUUGCAAGUUUGGACAGAAAGUCUAUCUUAGGACAAAAAUAUCCCCAAAAAAGAGAAGUAUAGAUGAACCUGUUCGUCAUCCUCGUCAUCCUUGCAGCUAUCAGCACUGAUGUGGCUUUUUCACAAAGAAGGUCACCUAAACCCCGGGACAUUAACAGAGAUGUGUCGGUCUGGGGAUGGGAGCAGUUACAGGGGAUUUGUUUCUAAGUCGACAUUGGGCAACACAUGUCUCAACUGGAACAAGUUUAAAAUCCCUUCAGGAGCUUCAAAGGGACUUGGCAACCACAAUUACUGCAGGAAUCCUGACCAGAGCGUGAUGCCGUGGUGCCGUGUCCGAAAAGGAAAGAAGAUUGUGAGACAACUGUGCAACAUUCCCAGCUGUUCUACACCAACAGUGAAACCUCCACAGGCUGUGGAUACAGAACUGACAUGUGGAGAGGUGUCUGAGCGGAGGAUGCAUAAAAUUGUGGGUGGGUCUUUCACACCAAUAGAGUCGCACCCGUGGGUCGUUGCUCUCUUUCAUCAGGGUAACCGUUUCCUCUGUGGUGGCUCUCUCAUCACACCAUGCUGGGUUCUCACAGCUGCACACUGCUUCUCUGAUGGUAAGGAGACAAACAUCCAGCGUCUGUCUGUAUACCUGGGGAAAAUGGCCAUCAAUGAGACAGAUGCUGAGAAGGAGCAGGGAUUCACUGUGGAAAAACUGAUCAUCCACCAAAAAUACAAUGAGUCCAACUUCAACAAUGACAUAGCACUGUUGAAGAUCAAAAGCAGCAAUGGAGGAUGUGCAGUGAGGUCAGCGUCUGCCCGGACAGUGUGUCUUCCUCCAUCUCACACUCAGCUUCCUGCAGGAUUUCAGUGCAAAAUCGCAGGAUUCGGGAGAGAGAGAUACACGGCAUGGCAUUACUCACAGUACCUGAAGCAGGCUGAGGUGAAACUGCUCUCCAAGACUGACUGUACAAGUGAAUCGUACUAUGGAGGUCUCAUCACAGAGAACAUGUUCUGUGCUGGGAGCCCUGACUGGAGCACUGAUGCCUGCAAGGGUGACUCUGGCGGUCCGUUGGUGUGUGAAGUGUCAGGUCGGAUGUUUCUGUUCGGGGUGGUGAGCUGGGGUGAGGGCUGCGCCAGUCCGAACAAACCAGGGGUUUACACACAAGUCAACAACUACAACAAGUGGAUCGCAGCAAAAACAGGGCUUUCCAAAUACACCACUGGAGUCAUGUUUCCCACAAAAUGAAGCAGCGGCAGACAGAUACCUGUUGGCAUUUUGUGCAACAGUUUUGUAGCUAAUGGGCAUUUCUGUUUCAGUCAAAAUAAGUUUUGCACAGCAAAGAUUUAACUGUUCUAAAUGAGUGUGUUUUUUAAGUAUUUAUAUUUCACUGUAUACAGUGUAUAAUAUUUUUGUAUUACUUGUGCAUGAACUUUUCAUACUAAGAGUAUGGAUUUUCAAACACAUAUUAAUGAAGAAAAUAAUUAAUUUAUCUCAUUUUAUUUAAAUAAGCAUUUCCUAUUUUAAAAGGCUGGACCUGCUGUUGAGCUAUUUUUGUAUAAUAAAAAAAAUAUUUUUAUUA